AUGGCGCCGACCGAGAAACGCAACGGGAUUCUUGAAAGUAAAAAACACGCCAACGAUGUUUUUGACUUAUUGGAGAUGCUUCAGGCCAAUAAAGAGAAGGAUGUGGUUAGUGCGAUUAGUGCUUGCAACACAUUAUUCUGUGCCUUACUGGGAAGAAAGGAUCUGCACCGGGGCAAGCUCCCUGAGGAAGAGGAGGCUUUGAACGGGGAUUAUACUGCUCAACAGAAGUAUCAAAUAUUCAUGUGCCACCGUUACCACAGCUGUAAGGAAAUACUGUUUGACUAUCUGGAUCAUGAACAAUACAAUGUCAAGGAGAGUGCACUUUGUUGCCUGAUGAAAUUUGCUGAAAGCGAAGGUCUGCAUCCUCUUGAGAAUUUAGACUGGAGUGAACAUUACAGCUUCCCCAGAGAGCUGAUCCAGUCGCUGGUUGGCCGUCUCUUGUCUACAAGUACAGACAACGCCCUGCUGAUCUCCAGGUUUCAAGAAUACCUUGAGAUGGGAGAUGUGCUGUAUUAUGUGAUGAGCUCCGUCCGUCACCAUGUCCCACUUGUCAUGGAUAAAAACAAAGGGGUUCCUUUACCCGUUUUUCAAAACAAUGUCUUUGGUCUCAUGUCCAACAUUUCUAUGCCGACUGAUGAGUCAGACCUGAACUUUAUGGUCACACAAGAAAGUAAACAUGAAGACUGGAAAGCUUCCAAAUUGAGCGAGCAUAAAAGGGGUUUUGAGAAGAUGUGGUUAGGUUUUCUAAAAUACAAGCUUCCAACUAGUAUGUACAAGAGGGUGUUGGUGAUCUUGCAUGACUCCAUUCUGCCGCAUAUGAGCAACCCCACUCUUAUGAUUGACUUCUUAACUGCUGCGUAUGACGUUGGUGGUGCUAUCAGCCUCCUAGCUUUGAAUGGGCUGUUUGUCCUCAUACAUCAACAUAACCUAGAUUACCCAGACUUUUACACAAAGUUGUAUAAUCUACUUGAGCCAUCAGUGUUUCACGUCAAGUAUAGAGCACGAUUUUUUCAUCUGCUCAACCUCUUUCUCAGCUCAAGCCAUUUGCCCGUGUACCUUGUGUCUGCAUUUGCGAAACGCCUGGCUCGCUUGGCUCUCACAGCACCACCCACGGCACUUCUCAUAGUGCUGCCUUUCAUUUAUAAUUUACUCCGUCGUCAUCCUACCUGCAGAGGUCUUAUUCACAAGCCCAGCACACAAGAUGAGUUAACGGAGGAUCCCUUCGAUAUGGAUGAAGAAGAUCCUGCUAAGUCGUGUGCACUGGAGAGCAGCUUGUGGGAAAUAAAGACAUUGCAGAGACAUUACCAUCCUGAUGUGGCCAAAACGGCAAUGCAAAUAAAUUCCCCCUUGUCUGAUCAAGAAGAUGACAUUGAUGCAUUACUGGAGAUAACUGCUUUUGAGCUGAUGCAACGGGAUCUGAAAUCACAGCAGAAGAGUAUUCCACUGGAGUUUGAAAUGGCCACGCAGCUGCUGAAAGGAGGCGGAAACGUCUUACAGCAGCAUUUCUGUCUAGAGUGA